AUGGAUAACGCUACAGGUGUUGGUUUAGUCAGGGACCUGGAUUCUAUAAAUGAUUCUAUGAAUUCGACCGAGAAUUUUGCAUACGAAUCUACAUCACAGACAGUGUUUCUUCUCAUCGUGUACGGCGUCAUAGGAACGCUCGGUAUCAUCGGCAAUGGUAUCGUUAUCUUAGUCUAUAUAUUUUCACCCUCGUUCCUUCGGAAUGUUACCAGUUCGAUUGUGUGUAAUCAGUCCGCCAUAGACCUGGCUAUGAGUGUCAUUUUCGUCGUUAUCAACCUCGGACCCCAGUUGAACCUACCCUCCGACCCAGCCUUCGCUGAUUUUUUAUGCAAGGUGUGGCUAUCGGAAUACGCCAUCUGGGCCCUGGGUGCAAGUUCAACUUGCAACCUCGUGUAUCUGACGAUAGAGCGACAUGUCGCCGUGUUCCAUCCGUUCUACUACCGAUCCAAGUUUACACUCCGUAAAGCCAGGCUUAUCUGUGUGAUACCAUGGAUUGUAGGUCCUAUCCAUGAGUUAGGCUGGGGACUGACCAAUCGCGUCAUUAAUGGCACGUGCACGUCACAGUGGCCGUCGGUGCAAAUGGGCCUCGCCAUUGGCUUCAUCUCUUUGAUCGACCAUUACGUCAUCCCGCUGUGCAUCAUGGCGUUCGUGUACUCCCGCAUCAUCUGUAAACUCCGCCAUGCCUGGCGCAAAGCAGACAUGCCCAGGAGUGGGGCUAGACGGCGCCUUGUGCGGCAGGCGUCUCGUAAUGUUAUUAUCACUACUUUUCUGGUGUCGUUGACCUAUCUCGUGUGCUGGGGCCCGAAUGAGAUCACAUAUUUCUAUGUCAACAUGGGAGGUGACGUCAACAUGAGCGGCAUGUUCUUCAGAUUCACCGUCGUCGUGGCACUGGUGAACAUGUGCAUUAACCCCUUCAUAUACGCCAUGUGCUACAAAGAUUUCAGACGAGGUCUGUGGCUUUGUCUGCGCCGAAAUCAGGCCCAUAACGCCCCCUCACCGUGCCCAAGCCACUCCCAUGACCAUGACGUCAUAAGUUCCACCACCCAGGGGUUCCAUGACGCCAGGAAGAUGCCUCGAUACAAAAAAACUGUCUGUUGA